UAGCAAGAUUUCGCACCAAAUUUUGCUCAUAAGCCAACUGACGACAGAAGCAGCCCACGCGCUGCCCAUUCAUGCAGACUGUCGAAAGCCCGCGCGCCGUGCCCUGCCGCGUCCAUCGUUGCUCGCGCGCCCCGCCCAAGCAAUGACAUAGUCAUUCAUUUUGUGUGCAUAGGUUACGCCGCCGACGGUGAUCAUGAGCGACGAGGAAGAAGAAUUGAGGGAGUUCUGCGACGGAUUUGACGAGGGUACCACCGACCGCAUCGUGGAAGCCUUCGGCUCGCUGUCGGAGCUCAAGGCCGUCUACGAGCUCGACCGCUACGUCACGGACGAGACGCUGACGCAGGCCGGCGUGCGCGCCUGCUGGAAGAACUUGCUGUUCAAGCGGCUUGGAGGGGCGCCCGAAUACAGGAUGACGGCCUACAACGCGCCGGCGACGCCCGUGCCGCCGCCGCCGCCCACUAAAACGAUGACGCCGCGGGCGAAGAAAGCCCAGGCGAAGUCGACUGGUUUGGGCUUCCUGGGCGUCCUCGCUUUGGUCGGCGCCGUCGUGGCGGGCGCCGUCGCGCUCCUGCCGCGCGACGUGGUCAUGGGCGUCAUGGACGUGGCCAUGCCGGCGGCGCAGAAGAUGGUGGAUGUCCUCGCGGAGGGCGGCCGGGCCGCCGUCGCGAAGGCGACGGCGAUUGUCCACUAGGUGCUCCAGGCACCGACUAGGUGUUCAUAACACAAAAUUAAAUUAAAA